ACGAGCCCAACUCUUUUGGGAACACGGCCCUGCACAUCGCCUGCUACAUGGGGCAGGACGCGGUGGCCAACGAGCUGGUGAACGUGGGCGCCAACGUCAACCAACCCAACGAGCGCGGCUUCACCCCGCUGCACUUCGCCGCCGUCUCCACCAACGGCGCGCUCUGCCUCGAGAUCCUGGUCAACAACGGCGCCGACGUCAACUUCCAGAGCAAGGAAGGCAAGAGCCCGCUGCACAUGGCCGCCAUCCACGGCCGCUUCACGCGCUCGCAGAUCCUGAUCCAGAACGGUCAGCGGGGUCACCCCAAAAACCCCAAAAACACCGGGAAUUCGGGAAUUCUGGGAAUUCAGGGAUGGGGUGGGACCUUCCUGAUGGUCACCUGA